UCGGUCCGCUGGUACGUGAACGCAGCACUGCUAUCUCCGUGGCGAUGCAGCGGAACUGUGAUGCAAUCUGUCGCAAGGAUUUAAGUUUAUGUCCAUAACAUUGAUCAAUGGUUAUGUUUGAGGUGUCGCUUCGCGUUAUACAGACGCUUGGAUUUCAGGAAGAUACGUUUUCUUUUUUAUCAGCCAAACGGCAAUUUUAACACCUUGGUUUUCUCACUUUAGCUUCUGUUAGCACGCUAGCAACCACCAAUAAUUGGUAUAUUUUGUAUCUUACUCCACGUUCGCGAAGUUUAUGUUAACAGUGACACCCUUACAUUAGGCCCGUGUGGAGGAACACCAAAAUUUUAACUUCUGCGUUUCUGUCAAGCAAUUAGCACCAGUAUAGGUCCGAGUCGUUCUGACAUGUUUUAAAGGUCCGGGGACAGAUCACAACAUCCCCACAUACGUGUACCUGGACCUUGGAUCUCAUGGCGACUGCUGCCCCACCAUCUCCCGGCGCCGCUCCCUCCGAGGCGCCGAAACCGAGCACCAGCGGGGCCAGCGUGAAUAAUGACAGUGGAAGCCAGGACAGCACGUUCGAGUGCAAUAUUUGCCUUGACACGUCUAAAGAUGCAGUGAUCAGCCUCUGUGGGCAUCUUUUCUGUUGGCCAUGCUUGCAUCAGUGGUUGGAGACCAGGCCAAACAGACAAGUUUGUCCAGUGUGCAAAGCUGGAAUCAGCAGAGACAAAGUAAUCCCCUUGUAUGGGCGAGGAAGCACUGCCCAGCUGGACCCGAGGGAACGAACACCUCCACGACCACAAGGACAGAGGCCAGAGCCUGAAAACCGUGGCGGUUUUCAGGGUUUUGGAUUUGGAGAUGGAGGAUUUCAGAUGUCGUUUGGGAUCGGUGCCUUCCCGUUUGGUAUUUUCGCCACUGCUUUUAACAUUAACGACGGCAGACCACCACCAGCAGCCCCAGGGACACCACAACACACGGAUGAGCAGUUUCUGUCGAGACUUUUCCUCUUUGUAGCUCUGGUGAUUAUGUUUUGGCUGCUCAUUGCCUAAUGGACUGCAUACCAAAUACACAUCAUUGUGUUGGACAAACAGAAAAAGCAAGAUCCACUGGAAGGAAAAAACAUACCAUGCAUUGUGUGGAUUUCAAUUUAUGAAUGGGGUCACCGUAUUGAAUACUUUCCUGUGAAAAGGGUGCAAUAUGUUGCUUGUCUAACCACUACCUGAAACUGUAGAUUAUUUGGCUGCUCAUUGUUUAGAAUUUAGUUGAGUUUUCUCACGAGCAUCAAUCCAGAUUGAUUUUGACUUUUGCAUUUCAAUGAACUGUGGAAUCAAUUUCUCAACGAAUGUGAGGUAAUAAAACGAAACAGGACAGAUAAGAGGAAGCCAAUUCUGCAAAUGAAUUUUAUUGUAAAACAAACAUUUUUAACCCUAACCAAACAAUUUGCACUAAAGAGUUUUCUGUUGAGUCUUAUAAAUUGAUACAGAAGAACCUCAACUUAAUAUAGACUCAACAUAAUCACAAACACCUUUAACUGGCAAAUUGAAGGAAAUUAGUCUAUUAAUAUCUAUUGUCGGACUAAACCGCCAGACUGUAAACCAGAGGAUAUUUGUUCAUGUUUCAGGUUUUACUUGAGUAAAACACGACUGUAUAACAAUGGCUGAUAACUAGGUCAGAACAUAAAAUCGAAAUAAAAACUCCUUGGUAUAUCA